CGAAAGGAAUGCCAACAAUGUAGCGAAUGUCCCAACUGUGCCCUGCCGCAUUCGGAGCCCGAGAGGGGGGAAAGAGGAGAAUGGGGCAGGCGCUGCGGGUUGGGGGCGGCUGCCGCAGCGGGCACAACCGGGGGAUCGCUGAGGCUGCCCCCUGACUCCCUAGUAGGCAUCGAGAGGAGGAGGGCUGUGUGCAGGAAACCCCCUUCCUCCCUGCACCCAGGAGACACUGGCAAACAGCAAGAUGAAGUUUCAGGGUUUUCCCCGGUGUGCAGCAGCUGCAGUGCUCGUGAGCUGAAGAACGGGGAAGAUAGUAACCACUGUUUCAGAUUUGUGCAGUGUGUCAGGCACUGGACAGAGCGCAGAAGCGUGCCUCAUGGUUGUUGCCCCAGGGGGUUUUGCAGUCUAGACUGGAUCAUCAAGAGAUUAUGUUUUGCAGCAAACUGAUACCCACAAGAGAAAAACAGCAUUGAACAACCCCCACCCCUUGAUUGUAUGCAAAAGAAGUUGGUAUUUUAUGCUAAAACAAAGCUGGAUUAAACAUGAGGCCAAAGACAUUUCCUGCCACCACUUAUUCUGGGAACGGCCGGCAGAGAUUGCAAGAGAUUCGGGAAGGUCUGAAGCAGCCCACCAAAUCUUCCAGCCAAGGAUUACCCAUUGGAUCAAGCAGUGACAGUUCUCUGGAUCCUAAAAUUCUAGUAGGGAAAGAUGGGGCCAGGCAGCAGCAGAUGAGGCCAGGUGCCAAAUUUGGACCUUACCAGAAAGCACUGAGAGAAAUCAGGUAUUCUUUGCUGCCCUUUGCUAAUGAGCUGGACACCACCUCUGCCACUGUGGAAGUCAACAGACAGAUGCUGCAGGAACUGGUACAUGCAGGGUGUGAUCAGGAGAUGGCGAUAAGAGCCCUCAAACAGACUGGCAGCAGAAGCAUAGAAGCAGCUUUGGAAUACAUUAGCAAGAUGGGAUACUUAGAUCCUAGAAAUGAACAAAUAGUCCGUGUGAUCAAGCAGACUUCUCCGGGAAAAGGCAUUGUGUCGAACAACAUCAGCCGUAGGCCAAGUUUUGAAGGAUCCAGUGAAUCUUUUCCACCCUAUCACCAGAUCACUAACCCAGGCUAUGAUGGGACAGGCUUUGGGGCAGAAGCUGCCAACAUGCUCAGUGAGGUUCCCAGGCCGUAUAUGGACUACUUGCUUUCUGCUUCCCAGUCUGCAAAUAUGAGUGCUCCUGUACAAAGACCACCUGUUGUUGGCUCGCAUAACACACCUGGGAGUCACCAGCAAAAAUCAUACCCUGCAAACAUAGAUUCUCCAGUAAUAAAUUAUCCGGUGGUUAGUCAUAACAGCCAAGCUUUGCAACUCCAAAGUAACCAUGGCUCAAACAGCCCACAUUAUAGCAGGCAGCCCAUAAUAGUGCAGGGGGAUGCUCUCAGCUAUGGCAUUCAGAGGAGUCAGUCGUUUCAGAACAAGCUACAACAGGACGGAGGGUAUCCAAGCCUUCCAAACAAAGGGACGGUGGUUCAGAAUAGCUCUGGCCAUGGGUUCCAGCAGGCAACAGCCGGUCUGUACAUGCCACAUUCUCAUCACAAGCAACCCAUCCAAGCUUCUCACCCAAUGCACGUGAUCACCAGAAGCCCAGCAUUUACAAAUGAAUUUUCAGACAGCCCACCACAGGGUCUGUUGACCCCAUCUAGAAACAGCCUCAACAUGGACCUGUAUGACAUGAACAACCCUCAAGUUCAGCAGUGGCAAACAACCUCCUCCUCCUCCUCUUCCUCUUCCUCCCGCCGUGAUUCAUUACAGAACCAGGCACUGGAUGCAUCGCCCCGGCAGCAUGUGCCCUUCAGACCAGAUGCUUGUGUCCUGAGCCGCACCAACUCCUUCAACAAUCACCAACAGCAGCAGCAGAUGCCCGUAUCCAUGAGGCAGACUCCUCAAGGCAAAGGUGACCCUUCCCUUAGUUCUCCCAACACCAUCACAGCAGUCACCUCUGCUCAUAUCCUGCAGCCAGUGAAGAGCACAAGAGUGAUGAGGCCUGAACCUCAGACCGCUGUGGGCCCUGCUCAUCCUGGCUGGUUACCUGCACAGUCUUCAGCUGUGGACGGCUUAGGGAUGAUUGAACAGCACCCCCUUCCUGUUGGAGGAGUUAACGCUUAUCCGCUAGAAGUUGAUUAUAGCAGUCAAGAGCUUAGGUGUCCGCCGCCACCCUAUCCUAAACAUUUUCUGCUGCCUAGUAACUCCGAGCAGUUUGAUAUCAACUGUUUACGUACAGGAAUCGAGCAGACAAUGAGAGGAGUCUCGAACUCACCAGGCAACAAAGCAGAGGAAAAUGGGGAAAGAAAUGAUAAAAUCAAGAGCGUCAAAGUGGAAAAAUCUGGCAAGGAUAAAAAGCAAAUCCAGACGUCGCCAGUGCCAGUGCGAAAAGGUGGCAAAGAUGAAGAGAAAAGAGAGUCCCGCAUCAAGAGUUACUCACCAUUUGCCUUUAAAUUCUACAUGGAGCAGCAUGUAGAGAAUGUCAUAAAGACCUACCAGCAAAAAAUUAAUCGGCGGCUACAACUGGAGCAAGAAAUGGCCAAAGCUGGACUUUCUGAAGCAGAGCAAGAACAAAUGAGGAAAAUCCUUUAUCAGAAAGAGUCCAACUACAACAGGCUCAAGAGAGCCAAGAUGGACAAAUCAAUGUUUGUGAAAAUCAAGACUCUGGGUAUUGGGGCUUUCGGAGAAGUCUGCCUUGCCUGCAAAGUAGACACCAACGCUCUUUACGCCAUGAAGACCCUCAGGAAGAAAGAUGUGCUGAGUCGUAACCAAGUGGCUCACGUCAAGGCCGAGAGAGACAUCCUUGCAGAAGCAGACAACGAAUGGGUGGUUAAGCUCUACUACUCUUUUCAAGAUAGAGAUAGCCUUUACUUUGUGAUGGACUACAUCCCCGGCGGAGACAUGAUGAGCUUGCUGAUACGGAUGGAAGUAUUUCCAGAAAACCUAGCUCGGUUUUAUGUGGCUGAACUCACGUUGGCCAUAGAGAGUGUGCACAAAAUGGGGUUUAUCCAUAGAGACAUUAAACCGGAUAACAUCCUAAUUGAUCUGGAUGGGCACAUCAAACUGACAGAUUUUGGCCUCUGCACUGGAUUCAGAUGGACGCACAAUUCAAAAUACUAUCAGAAAGGGAGUCAUAUCAGGCAGGACAGCAUGGAGCCAAGCGAUCUCUGGGAUGAUGUGUCUAACUGUAGAUGUGGCGACAGGCUGAAGACCCUGGAACAAAGAGCUAAGAAGCAACAUCAGAGAUGCUUAGCCCAUUCGUUAGUUGGCACUCCCAAUUACAUUGCACCAGAAGUCCUGCUCCGUAAAGGAUACACUCAGCUAUGUGACUGGUGGAGCGUUGGUGUGAUUCUUUUUGAGAUGCUGGUAGGGCAGCCUCCCUUUCUGGCUCCCUCGCCCACAGAAACCCAGCUGAAGGUGAUCAACUGGGAGAACACCCUGCACAUUCCCUCCCAGGUCAAGCUAAGUCCCGAAGCAAGCGACCUGAUCACAAAACUGUGUUGCUCUGCUGAAGAGAGGCUUGGAAGAAAUGGAGCAGACGACAUUAAGGCUCACCCUUUCUUUGACUCCAUAGACUUCUCCACUGACUGUCGCAGGCAGCCGGCUCCCUACAUCCCAAAGAUUAGCCAUCCGACGGAUACAUCCAAUUUUGAUCCAGUUGAGGAAGAUAGUCCUUGGAACGACACGAGUGAGGAUAACACCAGGGCGUGGGACCCACAGGCCCCUUCUAGUGGCAAGCAUACUGAGCACGCAUUCUACGAGUUCACUUUCAGAAGGUUCUUCGAUGACAAUGGAUACCCAUUUAGAUAUCCAAAGCCUUCUGGGCUAGAAGUAAACCAGUCUCAAAAUUCUGAUAGAGGAAGCAAAGAUGGGCUGGAUCAGACUGGAGCUUGUCAACCUGUAUAUGUGUAAAUUAUUGUUCAGAGUUCUCAAAGCAAAAAAUCACAAUUUUAGCAUUUUCCUUUAUAUAGUUCUUAAUUGCAGUUAAUUCUACUUCAGGCCAAUAGGAGUCUGGGAAGUAAAGGACUUGUGGACAAGGUCCUAACCGGAAGCUUUCUGAUUUAGGCCAUUUAGCACUGUAAAUAGCUACGUAGAUGAAUACACUUGAAAUCUGGAUCUUCAUCGUGAUUUCCAAGGCUGGGUUUGCUAGCAAUUUUUUUUUCCUUCUAGAUCUGUGUUGCCCACUCUUAAGUAUUUACAGAUUUCCACAGCAUCAUGCUAUUUUUUUUAAGUGAGCAAAGAGCACUUAUAUUUUGUUUAUUGCAGGGUUAUUUUUUUUCCUACUAAAUUAUAGGGAUUAAGUUUGACAAAUCAUGCUGCUGUUCUUCUUUUCUACAUUUUUUUAAAAAAAUUAUCCAUCGCACUUACGUCACAUUUUUUUUGGAGGAAAUGUGUGAGAUUGAAGAACGUGUGAUUCGAGGUCUCUGUGCAAUAAUGUUUAGUAAGAGAAAACAAAAAAGUCCACUGUUUUAACGUCCUAAAUUUACUGGUGCCAUUUUUUAUUCACACCAUGAUUUUUAUGUGUAUUUUUCCACAUUUCAAAAAAAAAAUUUUUUUUGAAGCUGCUUAUUUCUCUCUCUUUUGGGAAUAUAGUGAAAUCAGUGUGUGAGCAAGUGGCAGUCGGGGUAUGAUUUCAGUGACUGGUGUGUGGAGAAUGUUGCAUGGGCUGAUUAGUUUGUUUUCCUGUUUGAAAUGAUCUUUUUCUUGCCAUUCACAGGCAGGUCCUGUGUACUGAUUUUGCUGAGGGAUCUACAACUUAGACCUUCAGGAUUUGUGUGCUGAUAAUGUAUUGUGUGGAUGGUUUUUCCCCCCCUAUUAUGAUUGUAUACCAACUUUCUGUGUUUUAGAAAACAAAUUACAAAGCAUUGAUUCAAUAUGGAUUGACAGUGUGGAGGGAGGGUGGGAGAGGUUGGUGGAAUCGUCUUGUUUCAUAAAAAGAUUUAUCCUGCCAAAGAAAGGGUAAAAUAGCAGAACAUUUUUUGCCUGCUGUAUAAGGCAACCCUCUCACUUAGCAGGUGGAUCUGAGUCCAGUAGCACCUUGAGAGCAGUAAGAUUUUCAGGGUAUAUGCUUUCAAGAGUCAAAGAAUACACACUGAGUCUGAAAAUCUGAGAAUACACACUUUGGAUUUUGACUCUUGAAAGUUGAUACCCCAAUACCUUGUUGACCUCCAAGGUGCUAGUGAACUCAGAUCUACCUGUUCUAUCGCAAACCAACAUGGCUUCCAUCUGAAACUCAUUUGAUGUGAUAUACAGUGUUCCGCAGUUUUGAAACUCACCAUAUAGUAUUAAUUAAUAUUCCAUGUAAACGUAUAGGUAAGAAUUUUUUUCUGUGCCUUAAGCUUGAUUCAGGAGCCUUCAGUUUGAUACCGACAGCCUUUCUGGUGGCACAAGAGAGCAGAAGAGCCACAUUUGAGUCAUGAGAAAGCUUUGGUGAGGGGUAAUGGGAUUCAUGUGGCCAAAAUCCCGUGUAGGACAGGACUGCUGAGAGGAGGGAAAUAAGGUGAGAUCACCCUGGUCCUCCCUUCUAGCAACAGAAAAGUUGCUAGUAUCCAAUUAUUUAUUUUGUUUUAUCCUUAAAAUUAAUAGGACUCUUUGGAGCAGUAACAUUCAGAGUAAUCCAGUGACAGUAUCAUUCCUCUCUGUGUAGCUGCCCCCUGAUUAAAGCAAGCCCUGAGACUCAAGAAGAGACAGGCUAUAGCACCAUAUCUUGAAAUAUCCAGUAGAUUCUUUCUGACCACUUCAGAGGUGAGGAUACUGCACAUACGGUCAAAGCGCAGAAUAAAACAGACAAUAUCAUCUAUUGUUGCAACAAUAUAACAGGCUUUAUAACUCAGAUCUUUUCCUGAGAUAUGUUGUUUGGUAACCCUUCAUGAACAUCACCUUGAGUCAUUGAAGACUGUAGCUGUUCAGAAGUGGCUUGAAAUUGUGAAUUAUUCUUUGUGACAGCCCUAUCCAGCACCAAGAGAAUGUGGUCGGGAUUUGCAGCCAUAGUUGUUCAUGUGAAGCACCCUCCCCGCCCGCCCCGCCCCCCCACCUCGGUAUUGAGAUGCUGGCCUUGAUUGCACCUGGUCUGUUAUAUUGUGUUCAUCUGUUUAUGAUGAACCGUCGUAAUCCUUCUUCUCUAUCAAAAUGCAAGCAUACUCUAAAAUAUUAAGAAAAAACAGUUUAAAAUAUGCCUUUUUAUUAGUUAUGUUAAUGUGAAGAUUAUUCAAAGUGAUAAUGGAAUACUAAAGAUAAUUAAGCCAUAUGUAUCUUCAUUUAUAUUCUAUAUAUAACUAGUUUUGUUUUGUUUGUUUUUCUCAAAUCCUUAAUCCAAAUUAGUUUAACAGGCCUAUUUUAAAUGAUUGAUUGCAAUAACAUUUGAGGGCAAUAUUCCACUGUGGGGUUUUUUUUUGCUUUAAACGUUUUCUAAAUCUAAAGCUUCAUUUUCUUUCUAUGUUAUUUCACAUAUUAUUCCUUAACAUUUUAGCCUAUCAUAUCCUACCCUUUGUCUAGAUACCUGAAGCAACACCACCUGUAAAUCCAUCAGGCUAAAAACUCAACAACAUGAUUGUGUAUUUGUUUACAUUUGUAUGAAAGGAGUGUUCUGAGGUAUGCAGUGCUUGUGUUGUGGCGAUCUAUGAAAGAUUCAGUAUUACUACUUUUUAUAUAAUAAUGCCAUGUUUUUGAUAUUUACAUCUAUCUGACCUUCUUUCAUGUGGUAGGUUCUUCCUCAGGAACUCAGUUUAACUGUUAUUUAUUUAUCAUUUGCCUUUCAAAAGCUUCUGCUGGCACAAUUUAUUAUUAAAAAAAAAGAAUGAAAAUC